AUGCCUCAGGUUUCCUCUACAAUGUUCACACAGUACCAUCUCUCUCUCGGUGGUCUGCAGAUCGGCGCGUGGGUAGCCACCCUGCUGUAUGGCGUGAUGUGCGUGCAAGCAUACACGUACUACACGAGUGAUUCGGAUGCUUGCGGUAGUCGUCAUGUCCGGACAUUGACUGCGUGCAUAUGGUUCCUGGACACGCUGCACACCGUGAUCUCUUGCGUUUAUAUCUACGAUCUCACGGUCACACACUAUGGAGAGCCCAAUUACCUGACAUCCGUGCCCUGGUCUCUGCCUGUGGGAGCAUUGCUAGGCGCGAUCGUAGCGACUUCAGCCAAGGCGUUCUUUACCUGGCGCCUCUGGAAACUCUCCCGCUCGACUUAUCUCGCUUGCUGCGGCUGGGCGCUCGCCCCUGGUUCACCUCGCCGCCAUGGCCGCGACGGCCGCGAUGGCCACGCGUUCAGCGCGGCCGGCUUGUGCUACUACCUCAACGCCCCAAAAAACGCGAUCUAUCCUUCGCAAGAUCAUCGCGUGGACGCCGGAGACGUGCUUGCUUACGAGGUGGGCAUUUAUUUUAUUUUAUUUUUGCUUGGUCUUUCCGACACCGAUUUAACCGGAUGCUCAGCGUAA